AUGGUCCUACCUUCUGGUGAGGACACACCAGUUCCAAAACAGAUGGUUAUUCGCAAUACCACAAAACAAGACAUUGUGCUCAAAAUCAAAUCCGAUGCACCACGAGCACUGCAGUUCGAGGCUGAGAAGAUUGUAGUCGACUCUAGAAAAUACGUAAUAGUUAACAUGGUAUUCAACGAAAAAGAGCUCACCGCUUCUUCCAAAGGGACAGCAUCAAUGAUUUACGUCUUUGCACGGCCAGUAACAAAAUACAAUCAAGAAUGCCUUCGACGAUGGCUAACAGUGGACAACUGCGAGACAACGGCUCAACUGGCAUUUUCCAUACAACUGCAGCUAACGAACGCUGAGUUCUCAGCGACUAAAUUGAUUCUGGAUCUUCCUGGUUCUGCUUCACUUAUAGACCCAAUUCCCAAUGCCAUAGAAGCUCCGCUUGACACUGACUGCGUAACCAGUAUUAACAUCGAUGCUGACACAAACACUGGCAAUGUGUUCGAUGACAAAGAUUACAGAAGCGCCCUUAGAGUUGAGGAAGGAAGCAAAUCAAGGUGUGCCGUACUAGCUCCUCUAAUGGACAUGUUGUUCCCGCCAGCAACACAAGCAACACGUGCAUAA